AUGCCUGAAGCUAAAGAUAAGUCGAAGGUGCACAAGCUGGUUAUCAGAGGUUCGGCGAAGCUCGUGGCGGAAUUCUUUGAGUACUCGAUUAACUCGAUACUAUUCCAACGCGCUGUUUACCCUCCCGAUGAUUUUAUAACUGUCAAGAAAUAUGGCCUCAACAUGCUCGUUUCCGCCGACGAUCAAGUGAAGGCAUAUAUCAAGAAGAUCAUGUCACAGCUGAACAGGUGGAUGGCCGGUGGAAAAAUAUCGAAGCUUGUGGUGGUCAUCACUGAUCGGGACACUGGAGAGCACGUGGAGCGAUGGCAAUUUGACGUUGAGGUCUUUGGCAAAUCCUCCAAGAGCAAGAGUGCUGGAAAAUCAGGUGACAAGGAGAAUGCGGCUCCUGGCGAAGCCCAGCCCGCCGAGCCUGUUGAAAAGACCGAAAAGGAGAUCCAAGACGAGAUUCAGGCUAUUUUCCGCCAGAUUACCGCUUCGGUGACUUUCCUGCCCGUCCUUGACGGAGACUGCACAUUCAACGUCCUGGUGUAUGCCGAUGCUGAUUCCGAUGUCCCUGUGGAGUGGGGUGACAGCGACGCCAAGGAAAUCAAGAACGCGGAGAAGGUUCAACUGCGCAGUUUCAGUACCAAUAACCACCGGGUGGGGACUAUGGUCAGCUACCGGAUGGCAGAUUAA